AUGUCGACUACAGAGGUUGCUCAGUUGUUGGAGAAUACCAUCCUGAGCGCGGACCAGGGUGUCAGAAUCGCUAGUGAGACACAGCUGAAGAAGCUAUCGAAUGAAAAUUUCCUGCAGUAUGCUGGUCUUCUAUCGAACGUGUUGAUAGAUUCUCAAGCCAGGUUGGAAGCGCGGAUUUUGGCGGCAUUGACUUUGAAGAACGAACUGAUAUCGAAGGACUCGGUUAAGAACCAGCAGUUUGUUCAACGUUGGCUGACUGCGAUCGAUCCGGCUUCUAAUGAGCAGAUAAAGCUGAAUGCGCUGAAUGGGUUGAUGACCGCAGAUGAGCCGCGUGUGGCGAAUGCUUCCGCUCAAUUGAUUGCGGCAAUCGCGAACAUCGAGUUGCCCCGCGGCGAGUGGCUGGACUUGAUGAAGACAAUGGUGGAAAAUACCAGUCCCUCGCAGCCGGAGAACGUGAAGAGAGCAUCGCUACUGGCGCUGGGUUACAUUUGUGAGAGUGCCGAUCCACAGAGUCAAGUGUUGAUUUCGUCGUCAAACAACAUACUGAUCGCCAUCGUGCAGGGAGCUCAAUCGUCGGAACCUUCCACACAUGUCAGAUUAGCCGCUUUGAAUGCCUUGGCAGAUUCGUUGGUGUUUAUCAGGAAUAACAUGGAAAGAGAGGGCGAAAGGAAUUAUCUAAUGCAGGUGGUUUGUGAGGCGACGCAAGCGCAAGAUAUCGAUAUCCAAACUGCCGCUUUCGGUUGUCUGUGUAAGAUCAUGUCGCUUUACUAUCCGUUCAUGAAACCUUAUAUGGAGCAGGCGCUUUACGCUUUGACCAUUGCUACGAUGAAGUCCACCAACGACAAAGUGGCCUCGAUGGCAGUUGAAUUUUGGUCAACCAUUUGCGAAGAAGAAAUCGACAUCGCGUACGAACUCACUCAAUUCCCACAAUCUCCGCUACAAAGUUAUAAUUUCGCGUUGGCAUCUCUGAAGGAAGUGGUACCCGAGCUAUUGAACCUACUGGCAAGACAAAAUGAGGAUUUGGAAGAUGACGACUGGAACGUAUCCAUGUCCGCAGGUGCCUGCCUACAGCUAUUUGCUCAAAAUUGUGGUAAUCAUAUCCUAGAGCCCGUAUUACAAUUCGUCGAACAAAAUAUCACCAGUGAGAACUGGAGAUAUCGUGAAGCGUCCGUGAUGGCUUUCGGAUCCAUCAUGGAUGGGCCUGAUAGAACUCAGCGCACUUAUUAUAUCCACCAAGCUUUGCCAGCGAUUCUGAACUUGAUGAACGAUUCUUCUGUGCAUGUGAAGGAGACUGCGGCCUGGUGUAUCGGUAGAAUCGCCGAUUUGGUUGUUGACUCGAUAGAUCCUCAGCAGCAUCUACCAGGAGUUGUCCAAGCCUGCUUAAUGGGUCUACAGGACCAUCCUAAGGUUGCCACAAACUGUUCUUGGACGCUGAUCAAUCUGGUUGAGCAGCUGGCUGAGGCAAAGCCAUCACCCAUUUACACUUACUACCCGCCAAUUGUGGAUUCCCUGAUCAAAGCAGCAAACAGACCAAACAACGAGUUCAAUGCUCGUGCGUCCGCGUUCUCUGCUUUAACCACUAUGGUCGAAUACGCCACGGAUGCCGUUGCAGACAUAUCCGCCUCCAUCUCCACUUUUGUCAUGGACAAGUUAGGCCAAACCAUGAGUGUCGAUGAGUCACAAUUGGGAAUGGAGGACAGGCAGAGCUUGCAAGAGCUGCAGGCUAACAUUUUAACCGUAUUGGCGGCAGUGAUAAGGAAGUCCCCUUCCAGCGUAGCUUCGGUUUCAGAUAUGCUGAUGGAUCUGUUCUUGAAAAUUCUGGAUAAGAAAGACUCGUCAUACAUUGAGGACGAUGUCUUUUACGCCAUUUCUGCCUUGGCUUCAUCUUUGGGUAAGGACUUCGAGAAAUAUCUAGAGACUUUCUCGCCAUAUCUCGUGAGAGCUCUGAACCAGGUAGAUUCCCAAGUGUCCAUAACAGCCGUGGGAUUCAUCGCCGAUAUCUCGAAUUCUUUAGAGGAAGAUUUCAACAAGUACGCAACAGCGUUCAUGAAUGUGUUGGGGCAAAUGAUAUCGACGGAGAACACUAUGAAAGAAUUAAAACCAGCUGUUCUAAGCGUGUUUGGCGACAUAGCGUCGAACAUAGGUUCCAACUUUACGCCUUACUUGAACGAAGUGAUGGCGCUGUGUGUGGCCGCUCAAAAUACGAAACCCGAAAAUGGUACUUUAGAAGCCCUCGAUUACCACAUUAAAAUUCUAGAAUCAGUGCUGGACGCCUAUGUCGGUACCGUGGCCGGCUUGCACAGUAACCCCGAGGCCCUAUUCCCUUACGUGGGCACAAUUUUCCAGUUCAUCUCCCUGAUUAGCGAAGAUCCUCAGCUGUACGGCGAAGACUCUACAGCAAGGUCAGCCGUGGGCCUGAUUGGUGACAUUGCUGCCAUGUACCCUGACGGAUCAAUUAAACAGUUUUACGCUCAAGAAUGGAUAGCCGAGUUCAUCAAGAAGACGCGCAGCAAUACGUCCUUCAGCCAAUCGACAAAGGACACUGCCAGAUGGGCCAGAGAGCAACAGAAACACCAGAUGUCACUGUGA